AUGUCCAUCGAGGAGGAAGAUACAAAUAAGAUCACAUGUACGCAAGACUUUCUUCACCAAUACUUUGUAACUGAAAGGGUUAGCAUUCAAUUUGGGUUAAAUAACAAGACCGUAAAAAGGAUAAAUAAAGAUGAAUUUGAUAAGGCAGUAAAUUGUAUCAUGUCAUGGACAAACUAUCCUAAGCCUGGGUUAAAACGAACAGCUUCAACGUACCUCUUAAGCAAUUCCUUUAAGAAAUCUGCAACAGUAUCUCUUCCGUUUAUCUUAGGCGACCCAGUAUGCAUGCCGAAGAGGGUGGAAAGCAAUAAUAAUGAUACCUGUCUUCUGUAUAGUGACACAUUAUAUGACGAUCCUUUAAUACAGAGGAAUGAUCAAGCAGGAGAUGAAAUAGAGGAUGAAUUUAGCUUUACAUUGCUACGAAGUGAAGUAAAUGAAAUCAGACCCAUAUCUUCGUCCAGCACCGCCCAAAUACUGCAAUCGGACUAUUCUGCGCUGAUGUAUGAGAGACAGGCUUCAAAUGGGAGCAUAUUUCAGUUUAGUAGUCCCUGA